AUGAGAGGGUUACUAACAUUUUACAGGAGAUCUUCUGAUCCUAAUGCUCAGUCGGUGCAAAUCACUGGCAACUUUGAUAACUGGACUAAUUCACAGGAAGCUUUGGAGAAGAAUGGGGAUAUCUUUACUGGUUUAAUAAGAACUGAUCAGAAGGAUAAGUUAGUAUUUAAGUUUAUCAUAAAUGGUAACGAUUGGAUCACAAGUGAUCAAUACAAAGUGGAGUAUGAUGAAAGUGGGAUCCCAAAUAAUUAUGUUGAUGCGGAAGAAUUGCAAGUUCUUGAGGAGUUCGAGCUAGAAGAUUCUCAUGCAAGUCUUAACAAAGUUUCUCCUUCGACUAACCUGACAGAUAAUAAGAAAACCGUGCAAGAUACUGAAGACAAGACCAAUCUUACUCAAGUAUUAACAUCAGAUUCUUCUUUUGCUGCCGUGUCAAUUCCAGGAUCUGCUGGCCUGACUUAUGAGAACAUUGAAGAUACGAUAGAUGAAAACUUAAAUUCUGAAGAAGCGGUGGAUGAUCAAUUUAACACACCGACGAAUUCAAUGUUCAAUUCAACAGUUCUCUCAAGUCCCACGGAGGGAGCUAAUAGUGCACGCGUGAACAAAAGUCAGCCCAAUACUGCUUCUGUUGGAAGCAUUUCGAAAUUGGCGUCAGGAUCUGGCUCAACUAUCGAUGUUAGCACAAGGCCAAACGAUGAAGAGACAACUACAAGUGCAAACAAUCAAAAUGAUUACUCAACUACAUCCGGAAAUAUUUCCAGAAAAGAUGGCUUGCUCUCAAAGUUUAAAAGUUUAUUCAGAAGCUAA